AUGCAGGACCAUCCCGCAGCCUCGGCCGACGGUCCCUCGAGGCCUGUCACUGAAGAUGCCUCGUCGACCACCUCCAAGUCGCUGUCUGGACACCACGCCCUGAAGGAGGAGGAUAUCGAGCUUGGAGACCUGAAGGGCGACGCGAAGGAGCACGAGACACCUACACCCUCUUCGACAGGGAUCCAUGAUGAGGAGCCCACCGGGGUCGACACGAAGAGGCCAUUGAAGGCUGAGGCCUCAGAGACAACCGCACGCAUUCAGUCCACCGACGAGACUCGCGCAGCCACUUCCGAUGGUACCAAUAAAGCAACAGUAGGCGAAGGUGAGCCAUUGCCUGGAGACGAGGCCGACGACGAGAGCCAGUAUCUAAAAGGGCUCCCUCUCGUUGUCCUGAGCAUCGGUCUUUGCCUUUGCACCUUCGUUAUCGCCCUCGACAACACCAUCAUCGCAACUGCUAUACCGAAGAUCACCACCGUCUUCAACUCGCUCGACGACGUUGGCUGGUAUGGCUCCGCCUACCUCCUCACCACCUGCUCCCUGAUGCCCUCUUUCGGCCGCGUAUACACCUACUUCGACGUCAAAUGGACAUACCUCAGUGCCCUCUUACUCUUCGAGGUCGGCUCCAUCAUCUGCGCUGCCGCCAGGUCCAGUGCCAUGUUCAUUGUGGGUCGUGCAAUAGCAGGAGCCGGCGCCGCAGCUCUCUUUUCUGGUGGCAUCACAAUCGUAGGAUACUCCGUCGCAUUGCGGAAGCGACCCAUAUACAUCGCCGCGCUGAGCAGCAUGUUCGGCAUUGCGUCGGUAGUGGGACCCUUACUCGGAGGUGCGCUCACGGACAAGGUGUCCUGGCGAUGGUGUUUCUGGAUAAAUUUGCCUUUUGGCGCCGUCACCAUGGUCGUGGUUGGUUUCUUCUUCAAGAGCCCGGAACGUCAGUUUGCGCAUAUGUCUCUCAAGCAGCGUAUUCUCCAGAUCGACUUGCUAGGCGCCGCAGUCCUCAUCUCAGCCGUUGUGUGCCUGCUAUUGGCGUUGCAAUGGGGUGGGCAAACAUAUCCAUGGAGUGAUAGCAGCAUCUGGGGUUGCUUGUUGGGCUUUGGACUCCUUACAAUCGUGUUUAUAGGCAUUCAAGUCUACAGAGGCGACCGAGGCACGCUUCCGCCUAGGAUUCUGUUGCAGCGAACCGUUGGUUUUGGAAGUCUGUUCUCAGCUUUGUUCAGCAUGGGUCUCUAUACUCACAUCUUCUACCUUCCCUUCUACUUUCAAGCCUGUAAAGGCACCACAGCCGAAGGCUCCGGCAUCCGUACAAUCGCAUACCUCGUUUCAAACACUCUCGGCGCUAUCGUAGUUGGCGGUACUGUCACUAAAAUUGGCUACUACACUCCCUUCAUGUGGAUCGGCAGCGCCAUCUUCUGCGUCGGCUCUGGCCUGCUCUACACCCUCAAGGUCAACUCUCCAGCUGGCGUCUGGAUUGGCUACCAAAUCCUUGCGGGUGCAGGCUCGGGCAUGGCCGUGCAGAUCCCCUUUGUCGCUGUCCAGGUCGUGACGAGCGAGAAGGAUAUGCCCACGGGCAAUGCAUGCGUGUUCUUCUUCAACAGCCUGGGCGGCGCCUUAGCGAUCUCGAUUGCGCAAAACAUCUUCGUCAACAGUUUAGCGGAGAACAUAACCGUAUACGCCCCUGGUGUGAACCCGAAGGUCGUGAUCGGAGCCGGCGCGACCCACGUACGGGAGGUCAUGGCGAAGUAUGGAUGGAGCAAGAUGCUGGACGGUGUGCUAGAAGCCUACACCAAGGGCAUCACGCAGGCCUUCCUGGUCGCCGUCGCAGCCGCUGCGAUUUCUUUCAUCGUCAGUUUCGGAAUGGAGUGGAAGAGUGUUAAGGGCAAGAAGAUUGCGCCUGCGGCUGCUUGAACGGCCUCUACAUUGAGGAGUGGAGACUGGUGAGGUUGAGAACUCUUGCAUGGAUGGGAUGGGCGGUGCAUGUCAUACUACGGGGCCUUUCUUUUGCGGUUCUCAUAUCUUGCGGGACAUAUCCUGCGGGGUGGCUUCU